AAWUAAAAUUUUUUUAUUUAGUUUGUCAUUUUUAGGGGCUUAAUUUUACUGAGGAAAAAACUUAGCGCCAGCUGUCUUUACGAACUGCUGAGCCAGCAAACUGCCGUAGCAGUUGUUUYUUUAGUACUGCUAUAGCAAUAUAGUACCCCGCCAUUACUUCAAAUAAAUUAUGCGCGCAAGACAAAAAAAUAUUGUUAGUACAUAAAUGUUUGUUCACGGAAAAAAAUAGUUUGUGUCUAAUUAUAUUUAUACACAUUAUACUCGUAUCAUUAUCAUCACUUUUUUUUAAAUUCAGUAUAUAGGUUUAAAUAAACUAAUUUCUACAUCGCAAACAACCAGUACAUACCUUUGAAUACAGUAUACGUAUAUGCAUAGUGCAUACCGUUGUAAAUAGACUCAUGAUAUAAUAACUUUGAAUAAGAUUUUUUUCUAAAUGUUGUCUUAAUAACAUUCUGAUUUCUGAUUAUGUCUUUCGAGUUAGGAUAAAAUACAAAAUCGAUCAUGUCAAAAACUGAUGUUUGGUAUGAUAUUUCCGUUUUCCUUUUUUUUUUCUUUUUUUUUCUUUUUUUUUAUUAUUUACAAUUAAGCACAGUGGACACGCAGUUGACUACGACUCACACAGUCAUCGGUUCGAUUCAUAGCAAGGUGCAAAAAAAAUUUGUGUGGUUUUACGCGAUCACCAAAUCCCCACGCUGUCGUCCGAUUGCGUCAUCCGGUUUCCAASUAGGUUCCACUCCAAUGUGACUUGGGAGUGAAGACCGCACAUGUCUCCUCUUGGAGAACGGGAGGUUAACAUUACGGAAUUGAUAGAUUUAAAUUUCUUAACGUCAGUGACGAACCGAUGGUUUUUAGCCCAUAUCUUGUCAGCCCAAAUGGAGCACGCGAAUUUAAUAGACUUUUUGAAGUCUGAAGACAACUCGUUCGAUUUGGUCAUGGUCGAAUCGUUCCUACAGGAAUACACCGUGGCCAUAGGUCAUAAAUAUAACGCUCCCGUCAUCAACUUGUCGCCGGCAAUGGUCUGGGUCAGCAUCAGCAAGUGGCUGCAUAUACCUUCGACAUUUUCGUAUGUGCCGGAUUGCUGCAUAGGCGUGACGGACGACAUGAGUUUCACGGAGCGCUUAAAGAACACCAUUGUUGGACUUGUAGAGAUGUUCGUUGAGGACUACCUGUACAUUCCGAUGAUAAAGGCGAAAAUGAGUAAGCAUUUCGCAUACGUUGGAUGGGAGUCGAGGCCGACGCUCGAGCAAAUGCUGAAUAACGUAUCACUGACGCUGAUGAACGCUCACCAUGCGGUCGGAGUGUGUCGGCCGUAUUUACAGGGCGUCAUCGAAGUAGGAGGAAUGCAUAUUAGAGAACCGAAAUCGUUACCCAAAGAUUUACAAGAUUAUAUUGAUUCAGCAACUAACGGUGUCAUAUAUUUUUCUUUUGGUUCAAUCAUAAAUUUAUCAAAUUUACCAAAAGAAAAAUUGAGUAUUUUUCUCAAUGUCAUCAGUCGUUUAAAAGAAAAAGUGAUCAUAAAAUGGGUACCAGAUAAAAGUAUAAAGUUGCCACAGAAUAUAAAGGUCGGUUCGUGGUUGCCUCAGAACGAUAUCUUAGCUCAUCCAAAUGUGAAACUUUUUAUUACUCAUGGGGGCUUACACAGUAUCGAGGAAGCUGUGUACAAUGCAAAACCGGUGAUCGGCAUACCAGUUUUUGCUGAUCAACAUUCGAAUUUGAGACGGGUCGAAAAAAUUGGUUAUGGAAAGUUUAUAACAUUUGAUCAACUAACCGAAGAAUCAUUUGGAAACGCUAUCGAAGAAGUUAUAUCAAAUCCGACGUUUAAGGAUAAAGCAAUGAUCCAAAGUCGUGUGUACAAAGAUCAACCGAUGAACCCUUUAGAUCGAGCAAUAUACUGGAUAGAGUACGUUAUUCGGAACGAUGGAGCUCAAUACCUAAAAGCUGGAUCUUUAGAACUAAACACUGCUCAGUACUUUUUGUUUGAUGUCACAUUAUUUUUACUUUUACUAACAGUAAUUUUUACUUGGUUGGGUUACCGUGGAAUAGUUAAAGUUUCAUCAAAACGUAAAGCUAAUUAAAUCUAAAAAAUUAAUUACAUUUUUCAUUGUAAAUAUUUCUUACACUUCGACUUGAUUGAUAAUUAUCGUGCUCGUAUUUGAUUUUAAUGCAUUUAUAAUCGUGUUAUAGAUUGAUUAUAAAUUAUUAAUAAUUUGGAUGAGUCAGUUUUUACGAUUGAUACUCAUUCACAAGCAACAACAUGGACAAUAAAUCUGUAGGGAGAAACUGACAAGAAGUGGUGGGAAAACAAACAUUUCUAAGAAGUUAUGAUUUUUAAUAGAAUUGAAUUGAUUUAUUUCAUUAUCUGUCAAAAUUAUGUAUA